CGAACAAACAUGGCGGCCUCCGUCAGCUUUAGAUUGUCAAAGUCGAAGGGACUUUUAUCGAUUGCGACUUCGCCGAAAUCUGGCGGGUGUCAGUUCUCCUGGAGAUUCUUCAACAGAAACUUCAGUGCAUGUACAUCAUUGCAGUCCAAAGAACUAUACUGGAAUGACAGAUCUGAUGCUAAUGAGAAGACAUUUGAUAAGAUUCUCAUCGCAAACAGAGGAGAAAUCGCAUGUCGUGUCAUCCAGACAUGUAAACGCUUGGGAAUCAAGACUGUAGCUAUACACAGUGAUGUGGACUCGAGGUCGGUACACACUCUCAUGGCUGAUGAAGCAGUCAAUGUCGGUCCUGCCCCUACCAGCGAGAGUUAUCUCAACAUGGAUGCCAUUCUAAAGGCUAUCAAAGACACCGGUUCUCAGGCUGUCCACCCUGGAUAUGGGUUUUUGUCAGAAAACACAGUGUUUGCUGCCAAACUUGCUGAAAUUGGAGUUGAGUUCAUUGGACCCAGCAGUGGCUCAAUCCAUGCUAUGGGGGACAAAAUUGAGAGCAAGAGAAUCGCCACCAAAGCUGGAGUGAAUAUGAUCCCCGGCCACGAUGGUGAAGUGGAGGAUGUUGAUGCCUGUGUCAAAUAUGCCAAUGAAAUAGGGUAUCCUGUCAUGAUAAAGGCCUCAGCUGGUGGUGGUGGAAAAGGUAUGAGGAUUGCCUGGAAUGACCAGGAGGCUAGGGAUGCUUACCGUCUGAGCAAGCAGGAAGCUACAUCCAGCUUCGGGGACGACAGGAUGUUGAUAGAAAAAUUUAUAGAUAACCCACGUCAUAUAGAAGUACAGGUUCUGUGUGACAAACAUGGAAAUGCAUUAUGGCUGAAUGAGAGAGAAUGUUCAAUACAGCGCAGGAACCAAAAGGUCAUCGAAGAAGCUCCAAGCACCUUCAUUGAUCCAGACAUGCGCCGAGCUAUGGGAGAACAGGCUACACAACUAGCCACAGCUGUGGGCUACACAUCCGCAGGCACAGUGGAGUUCCUCGUCGACUCAAAAAAGAACUUCUACUUCCUGGAGAUGAAUACACGACUUCAAGUCGAACAUCCGAUUACGGAAUGUAUCACAGGGAUUGACCUCGUUCACCAGAUGAUUCGCUCUGCUAAAGGUCAUAAGUUACUCCACAAGCAGUCCGACAUCCCGAUCGAUGGAUGGGCGUUCGAGUGCAGAGUUUAUGCUGAGGAUCCCUACAAAAAUUUUGGUAUGCCAUCUAUCGGCAGACUGACAAAGUACAUAGAACCAACACAUAUAGACAAGGUACGAUGUGACAGCGGGAUUAAGGAAGGAAGUGAGAUCAGUGUAUAUUACGAUGCCAUGAUUUGUAAGCUGGUGACGUAUGGUAAAACACGACAGGAAGCUUUAGAUGUGAUGGUGAACGCCCUGGACAACUACGUGAUAAAGGGUGUGACACACAAUGUUCCCCUUCUGAGAGACAUAUGUACAGAGGAAUCAUUCGUUACUGGGGAUAUUAGCACAGAUUAUCUUCCCAAGAUCUAUCCAGAUGGCUUUAAAGGGAAGCAGUUAAGUACCACGGAAAACAAUAACCUUGCUGCCAUGGCAACCAUCCUCUUCAUCAGAGACCAAAUUUUAUCUCGCAACUUCUUCAACCAGAACAGAAUGCUCACGUCAGGUGACAUACCCACAGUAUGGUCACUCAGCGUCCAGAUUGGUGGUCAGUCUGUCCCAGUUUCAGCUUCAUGUGGUGGUGGCUAUGUUACGGUCGACUGUGGUGGAAAGACAAUGUCUAUACUUGACAAUCUUGACUUCUCCUCCCCUCUACUGGAAGUCAUUAUCGAUGACCAACCAUCAGUGAUUCAGUUAACCCAAAGACUUGGAGCUGGAAAAUACAGACUUCGCUACCUUGGCACUGUGUUCCCAGUAACAGUGAUGGAUGCGUUUGCCAGCGAGAUGAUGAAGUAUAUGCCUGAGAGGAUACCGGAGGAUCUCCCCACCAUGGUCAAUGCCCCUAUGCCUGGGGUCAUCAAGAGCAUUGCUGUGGAGGUUGGCCAACAGAUUGGUGAGGGCCAGGAGGUAUGUGUGCUAGAAGCCAUGAAGAUGCAGAAUAGUCUGGUUGCCGGGGUAACCGGUAAGGUUAAGAAGAUUUUCUUCCAGCAGGGAGCCACCGUAGACGAGGGCGAUCUGAUUGUUGAACUUGAGGAGGAAUCCACAAAAUAAAUGUCUGAUAAAUUUCAUCUCAGGAAUGGAAACUAAAUAACAAUGCAGCUUAAUUUAUUGAUCAUAAGGAAGACAACAGUAAUGAUUGAAUGUGGAGAAUGUAGUUUGUUAUUUAGAAAAUAUGUGAGUCGUAAAUUGCUUCUUUCAUUAGAUUCAUUGAUGAUAUUUUUAGAUAGAAUUAAACAUCUGUUAAAAAGUUAAAUCUUGUAACAAUGGAUGGAAUUUAGAUAAACAGCUAUUGUUAUGUCUAUUGAUAUUGACAUAUUUUAGUUGUUGCGGUAGUUUUUACCAGACAGAGAUUAGAAACUGAUUGGUAUACUCUUGUUAAUACAAUACAUAUACUGUAGAUCAGCUAGUUACUGGUUUACAGACUACAUGACUCUGCCUAUAAUUGCUAAGACUCGUCUCACCAACCAUGGUCAGUGUUCUGUAGGCUUUAGUUAGUUAUGGUUUACAGCCUACAUGACUCUGACCAAAACUACUAGGACUCGUCUCAUCAACUAUGGUCAGUGUUCUUUAGCGGUGUAUGCUGUGUACAUGACAUUAUCAGUCCAUGUAUAAGAUGAGUAGAAAAAUUCCAACAUCAGAAAUAAAAGUUUUGAAUAUUUUUUAAUUGUGUAUUCUGUAUAUCAUAUAAUAGAUAACUUGUUAGGCUUUACUCUAGUGAACCAAAUUAAAUGAUAUGUAAUUUUGGUGAGAGCAGAAAUGUUUUUGAUGAUCUACAUUUUAACAUAUACUGUGACUGUUUUAAACAAUGUUUGAUGCAUGUUUUGCUACCGGUGUAUAUACUCCAGUGGUACUGUACUUCUAAAUAAAGUUGAUGUACAUAUCGAAAAUUAACGUACAUAUCGUAUAGUUAGCGUACAUAUCGUAUAGUUAACGUACAUAUCGUAUAGUUAACGUACAUAUCGUAUAGUUAACGUACAUAUCGUAUAGUUAACAUACAUAUCGUAUAGUUAACGUACAUAUCAUAUAGUUAAUGUACAUAUCGUAUAGUUAACGUACAUAUCGUAUAGUUAACAUACAUAUUGCAUAGUUAACGUACAUAUCGUAUAGUUAACGUACAUAUCGUAUAGUUAACAUACAUAUCGUAUAGUUAAUGUACAUAUCGUAUAGUUAAUGUACAUAUCGAUCGUCAACAUACAUGUCCAUACUAAAAGGAGUGAAGAAUUCAUGCUUUUAAGUCAUACAUGUACAGACAAUGCACUUGUGUAUUUUAGUUAUAGAAAGGUUUGUGAAGAAAAAUAUAUCUCUCAAAAAGGAUAGGCGGGACCAUGAAUAUACCAUGAUAAAUGGGAACUUUAUAUAUAGGCGUGAAUGUCCUAGAUACAAAUAAAAAAAACUAGUGUGGUCAUGAUCACCAUAAUGAAUUGGGGUUAAAAUAUUUGUAACCCUGGUGUUAAACACGCAGGGAUGACAAUAUUUCAAAAUAUUGUCUGCUUUAAUUGAUAUUACUAUGUUUUAAAAAAAAUUGUGUAAUGAAAAAUAUGUGAGACUUUCUUUUACCCUGAAUUUUACAUGAGAAAUACAAUUGUUAGGUAAUUAUUAGUAUAAUAAUAAUGAGUUGGUGGACAACAAAGGUCAAUAUCUCCUUAAUUACUAUCAUGAUGGUGAAAACAAAACAUUUUCUUUAAUUCAUGUAUUUAUCUUGAGAGAUGUUUCUCUGAAAAAUGGAUGUAUGUUUUUCAUGUGAAUAUCAAAGGUCCUUUGUUUUAACAAUUGUAGACUUAAUGGUUAUUUUUGAUUAGUAAAUAUUUUUUGUAUUGAAACUCUCCUUAUGUCUAAUAUUAGUGUUAUGGAAUUAAAUGGCAAACAUUUUAAGAACUAUUUUAUACAUGUAUUCUUGACAAUUUCAAUUUAUCAUUUUGUGUGUCAAAAUCUCCAGUUUUUGUAAGACUGUAUAGAUCUAUUCCCAUUAUAAUGGGAAAGUGGCAUGUAAUUUAUAAUGUUUCACAAACAUUUCUCUUGUUUUUGGGAAGCUGGCAACGGAACAUGUUAUAAAGUAAAAAAAAAAAAAAAGGCAACAACAACAAAAACACAAACAAACAUUCCAUAGCAAGUAUUACUUAUCUGCCUAACAACAGGUAAAAUAUUUACGAAAAAAUUGUUUACCAAAAAUGGUUUACCAAAGUUACUUAUUUUGAAUUAAAACAUUACACUUACAUUAUGCACUAGGACUGGGAGAGAUUUGAUUGGACGAAAAAUCAUGUCACUUUGAUUUUUGAUGCCAUGCUUCCAUUGAAAUUGCUUACAAUAUAGAACCAGGGCCUUUAUACUAUUGUGUAUGGAUUUCCUAAUGUAAUGUGAAGUAUUUGAUGGAAGGGGCAUCAUUGACGUGUGAUGGCUGGUUAAUUUCAAAUAUCUUUAUACCAUUUACCAUAGAUUGAAACAUGAUUACCAACCAAAAAUUAUUGAGGAGCAAUCUCCUCCCCUCCAACCUCACCCCACCCACCCAUCAUCCAAAUCAACCCACUAAACUGUAUCUCCUGAUAUUUAUUUCUGAACCAGAUGUGACUGAAACUGUUUUUUAAGUUGUUGAAUCCGUAUGGACACAAUAGGUGUUACUUUUGUGAGUAACUAUGUACUAGUUUGUAUGUGAACAAUGCCAGUGCUGUGUCAGGUUUUCAAAUAGUGUUUUAUGUAGGUAAACAACUUCAGUUCUGUGUCAGAUGUAAAAUAGUGUGUUUUAUGUAUGUGAACAAUGCCAGUGCUGUGUCAGGUGUACAAAAAGUGUGUUUUAAGAAUGAUUUAUAUAUUAAUCUUUUAUAUUUUCUCUUAUAAAUGUGGUGACAUGGACCUUACAAGUGUUAGUCAGAAUCAUGUAGAUGUGGAGGUUUGUAAUUGGCAAGCACCAUUUUGUAAGAUUCUUGCCUUAUUUGAAUGUGAUACAAGAACGAAUAAAUGUGCUGAAACAGUACUGACUUUUGUCAGAUAUUUGUAUAAUUCAAAUUGUGAGGAAGCUUGCAGCUAACCCCAGCAAGAGGGAAUGCUAAUGUGAUAUUUCUUCAUGAUAAAGAACUUUUCACUUGGCGGAACUAUUGCUGGUACUUCCAUCGUCCCUAGACUGUUAAACAAAGAACAUGUGAUAUUUGACUGAAUUCUUGUGUGGUGUAUAUACAAUUAUCACUCUUUUUUUUGUGGUGGAAUAAAAUACUUUGAAUUAUC